UUCUGGGAACGAAUCUGGGUGUCUGUAAUCGACAAAAAUACCAGAAGAAUCACGAAGAUUGUGAUUUGCAAAUGACGUUAAAUUUUAUAGACAUUCGAGUUGAACUGAACUAGAAAUCAUGAGUGGAUGCCUGGAUGAAAUUCGCUGCCCCGAUAUGGAGGUUGUUGUGGAGAGAAGGAACUUAAUUUCGUCAGUUUCAGCUGGAACUCUGUUUUUCAUUGGCUGGUGGAUAAUAAUUGAUGCUGAAGCUACCAAAGAUUUUUGGCAUGUUUAUCACAUCCCAGGUGUUAUAGCCUCAAUAGGACUUUUUAUGAUUAAUGCUGUGUCAAAUGCCCAGAUCAGAGGAGAGACUUAUGGCACAGGAUGCAUUGGACAAACAGGUGCCAGAGUAUGGUUUUUAAAUGGUUUCUUAUGGCUAUUUGGAAGUUUGAUUUCUGCUACCUGGAUUCUCUUUGGUGCCUAUGUUGUUCCAGGAAAAUCUGAUCCAUGGCCUGGAGUAGCAAUCUUCCUCCAAAAUGCUUUAAUAUUUUUCAGUGCAAUUGUGUUCAAGUUUGGCCGUGCAGAGGAGCAUUGGUAGAAUUUUAUGUACUCAUCUAUUGCACAUCUACAUUACCAGAGGCUGUAGAGCAAAAAAAAACCAUCAGCAGAUUUUUGGAUACUUAUUUAAAUUUUGUAUAUAAUUUUUUUAAGAAACUGUUAGGAGGUUUACUACAUAUCCCAACUAGGGGCUCCCUGUGAACUCAGUGGGAUAGGGAAAGGAUAUUUGUGUGAAGAAAAAUUAUUAUAAAUUGUAUUGCUGGCAGAUUAAGAAAACUGUGAACACCUUAACUAUUUUACAGAACUGUGCUAAGUUUGUGGAGAGAUUAACACAAAACAAUUAACUAAUCAUGAUCACUGCUGCCCACAGUUCAUUUACAUGUAUCUCAUAUCAUAACUGUUUUCUUCCUAUCUGGAAGUAUUUCUGGUACAUUCAGUUUUUGGAAGUUUGUCAGUAACUGAGUUGAUUGGUUGAAUUAUGCUAAAAGGUGUCACCAAUGAUUUGUUCCAUUUAAUGAAUAACAAAAAAACCAAAGGCAGAUAUGUAUUAACUGUCUUAAAUUCUAAAAAAUGGUGAAAUACUGAGUUAUUUUGGUGUGUUUAUUAGCCAUGUUGCAUAGAAUGAUAGCUGAGCUUGCUGCUGUAGUUAGUUUCCAGUUAAUGUAAUUUUCAGAAGGAACACAAUAAGUAAGUUUUGUUAUGUUCAACUUAGGAGUUAAAAGGUCCUAACUGUUGCAUGAUCCCUUGCUAUUGUCUGUCUAACAACUUAUGGUGUUUAAAUCUCUUUUUGCUGGAAAAAAAUUGGCUUUUUAAGCCACAAUAUUAACAAAAAUUAUUGUUGAAACAAACCUGUUCAUAUUUUGCUUUGAAUUAUGAAUAUCUAACAAGCUCUUUUCUCACAAUGUGUAGGUAAUCAUCAUUAUUAAAAUAUAAAUUGAUUCUGCUUCAA